UGGUUCGGCCUUCAAUGGGUGUACACGAAUAUUUAAAUCUUUUUUAUGAAUUUAUCGAGUUCUUCAUGUUUUUUUCAUCAUAAAUGUGAGUUAUCGAGUUUUAGGGCAACUUCGUGUGACCCGCAGAGAUGCCUGCCGCGGCUUUGAAUAUUAAGCAUCAACUGAGUACGACGAUUAAAAAAUUCAAGUUUGAGGAGCUCGAGGAGUCAGUGCUAGCACAUUUCCCGGAAAUUUCGUGGAAUGAUGUUAGAAAGAGUCUUAUUAGGAAUCAUGAGAGUUUCACGACUGCUGGUGCACUCAGGAUCAUCGAGCAGAUGAUUAUUAGACAUAAAAUCGAUGAUAAGGAGCUGAAGAAUAGGCUGGCUGUUCUGGAAGUGAUUGACGUAAGCAGACACCAUGGAAAAAAGGUUUGGUACGGUUACGAGCUGCAGGGCAACACGACAUCCCAGAAAUUAAUUCCCAACAGAGAAAUGCAGGACAGAAUGGCUCAGACGUUUCAAAUACUCCAGAUGGACAUGAUGAUCAACAUUGUGACGCACCAGGGGAUCACUUUCGUCUCCAUGUCCCAGAAGAAGAGGUCCAGAAGACUCCUGCCAGUGUACUUCGCCCUGUUCCUGAGGCAUGGCUACUUCUUCUGCGCGAAGAAGGGGGCGACUAAAGAAUUUUUACAGGCGAUUGUUGAGGGGCUGGGAUACGAGAGCUGCAAGAAACUCAAACUCAUGGGGAGGGACUUGAAGUCUCUUAGUAAAAUGCUGGAGUUGAAGAAACAGGGAGUUGUUCAGUUUGGGAAUUUGUGCAAUUCUCCAAUGUAUAAGGACUUCGAACCCAUUGUCAAAGCAACAGGCACAGAUUUUAGACAACACAAACAAAGAAGAGAAUACAUAUCAAAAUGUUUUGGUAACGAGCCCCCAACGAUCGACGUUUUAGAAAUUACCGGGACAGAAGCAUCCUGGGCUGAUAGAGAAAUAGCUGCUGCCCUUCCCAACGAGAAAAUCAAAGUAGCAUGGGACUUCAAGAGCCACGAUGUGGCCGGAAGUCUUCGCAGACUAUACGAGAAGAGGAUAUUCGUUAGUCCACUGCCAAACUACGUUACCAAACUAAUGGUCGCUGGGAAGAAUCAAUUAACAGUGAAACUUUAGCUCAAGUAGUCAUCACGUGACGUGAUUUUGAACAAACAAAACUAAAAAUUAUGAGUCACGAACUGUGAGACUAGCUUCCAGUGAUAUGCACGUGACUCAUUGAUUUUUUAAUUGUAGUAAGUGUAAUGAUGAGUGGUUGACGAAUUGUACAGGAAUGCCAAACAGAUUUAUUAAAAAUAAAUGAAAUAAGUGAAAUAAAUAAAUGAAAUAAAUGACAUAAAUGACAUUAGUAAAAAUGAGAAAUCAACGUUUGGAGAGUAUAAAAUAUUCUGCCGAAUUGAAAAAAGAAACGGUCAAAAUUCAAAAUUAACAGCUUGAGACUCUAUUCAAUAACGAAAUAGAGGAAAUAGUUUUUCUUUAGAUCCUAAAUAUUCCCCAUGAUGAAGGAGUCACUGUAACUCUUACAGCUUUACUCACCAUCCGACAUAUCAUCGCAAUCAUCUUAAACUCAUCAAAAAUAAGUAAAGUGACCUGCGCUACGUUAGAAUCUCAUUCAACCAGGGAAGAAUGUAUUAACAUUGUAACUUUAGCCUAAGUAGUCAUCACGUGACGUGAUUUUGAACAAACAAAACUAAAAAUUAUUAUGAGUGACGAACUGUGAGACUAUCUUCCAGUGAUAUGCAUGUGUAUAAUUGAUUUUUCAAUUGUAAUAAUUAUAAUGCUGAUGAAUGGUUAACGAAUUGUACAGGAAUACAAAGCAGAUUUAUUUAUUCUGUAAAUGUAUUUCGAGAUAUGUUGAAUGUUUAUUGAGGUACUUUUUAGGAAAUAAAUGACAUUAGUAAAAAUGAGAAA